GGAGGAAAAGGCUGCUGGUUUUUCUUACAAUGCCCUAAUGCCUUUGGGUGCACUUUCCAGUGUGGUUCGAACCACGGCCUUUGAGCAGCUGCUUCUGUUUAUCAGCAGUUGGAAAUAAGGGUAACGCUACACUGGGAGUCUUCCUUCAGAUGAGCCUUCGUCUCUACUCGUCAGCUGAGGACACAAUUCUUAGACAGAUUGUAGAAAGAACGAGGCAAAAUUUCAACGUGAAGAGAGAAUACGUGAAAUCUUCCACUGACUCAACAGGAGGACCAGAGGGGGAGAUCACACAGCCUGCCUCAGCGAAGAGAUGAAGAUAUCCUUCUGGCUCAGAUAAAAAAAAAAAGAUCUGCCAUCAAGUACAUCAGGAACGUUUGUCUUUCCCUCCUGGCCCAGGUUGAAGGAGACCAACUUUCAGGAGGAAGAGAGAAGUUUGAUCCCUUGAAGGCAACCAGAGAGACAUCCAUCCUUAGCCUCUGCAUUAGUAAAGAGGAACCGAAAGCCCAUCUUGUCCAUCAAUCUGAGGAUCACAAGACAUCUACAAGACACAGAGAGAAGAGUGAGAGAGGGACUAUCAAUCCAGAUUAGAGCUGAUGGCCUAACAUCCAGCCCUCUACUGGUGUAUCAGCAGAGACAGCAUUGAAGAGGGACAUACUGCCUUCACCCAAACCCAGCGAAUGUGUCAAUCUCAACACCUCGAAUCAGAGCAAAAGUUGUGCUAACUCCCUCAGCCCUACUACUGAGAGACAUCAAACGAUCUGACUCGAUAGCAGGGGGAACAAGAAGAGAGCCCCUCUGCCUUAUUCUGUCUGCCUUUUGUCAGGUGCUUUGUGCCUCAGGCACUAAUCUUAGGCAACUCCCAAUCUUUACACUAAUAGAGUCGUCAUCAGCUCAAGCUUGGAGGUCUCUGAAGUUCAUUAUCAGUCUACCUUUAGAGAUGCGAGUUUGAGCGCGAGACAGCCUGGAGCUAUUUCUUCAUUGAGACACAAACUACGCAAUCGUAGAGGGCUACAGAGGUCACCUGAUAGAGACAUCUGCCCAGCUGUCUGAUAUUUAGGAGAGACCCAUCAGUUGGAAAAGAAGCCGAGCAGCAGGUCACACAGCCACCAUCUGAGUGUCUAUGGCUGACUGGAGCUUGCUGGGGAACUUUCUAGAAGAGGUGCAGGAGCACUCCACCUCGGUGGGGAAGGUGUGGCUCACCAUCCUCUUCAUCUUCCGCAUCUUGGUGCUGGGAACUGCAGCAGAGUCGUCAUGGGGCGACGAGCAAGAGGACUUCACGUGCGACACAGAGCAGCCUGGCUGCGAGAACGUCUGCUACGACCGUGCCUUCCCCAUCGCCCACAUCCGCUACUGGGUGCUGCAGAUCGUCUUUGUCUCCACACCCUCGCUCAUUUACAUGGGCCACGCCAUGCAUACUGUCCGCAGGGAGGAGAAGAGGAGACAGAAGGAACAGGAAGACCAGGGAGGGGGGGGAGAAGGAGGAGGGGGAGGAGGAGGAGGAGGACGAGGUGGAGUUGGGGAGAAAUACCCCGAGGAAGAGAGGAACUGUGGUAAGGAAGAGGGUGGAGGAGGUAAAGUACAGUUGAGGGGGGCACUGCUGCAGACCUAUGUCCUAAGCAUCAUCAUCCGCAGCCUGAUGGAGGUGGUUUUCAUAGUGGUGCAGUACAUGAUCUAUGGGGUCUUUCUCCAGGCACUCUACCUGUGCAAGGGCCCGCCAUGCCCACACCCAGUCAACUGCUACAUCUCGAGGCCUACAGAGAAGAAUGUCUUCAUCGUGUUCAUGCUGGUAGUGGCAGCUGUAUCGCUCUUUCUGAGCAUCUUGGAGCUCUACCACUUAGCAUGGAAGCAGUGCAAGAGGUGCAUUAAGGACUACCAAGCCACUAAGCAGCAAAGAUCCGGCACACCCUCAACAGUGGCUGCUGCUUCUCCAGAACCUUCCACACCAGAAAGAACCUGCACCCCACCUCCUGGCUUUAACGAGUGCUUGGCCACAUCCUCACCAUCUCCCCACUCAUUGCGAACACACUCCAGCUGCCCGCCGUUCAACAAUCACCUGGCGCACCAACAGAAUUCUGCCAAUAUGGCAACAGAGCGCCAUCGCGGCCAUGACGACAACCUGGGCUCCGAGGACUUCCUUAAGAUGAGCUUCUCACAGGAACCUGUGGACACGCCCAACUCCUGUGCUCCACCCACAAUGCUAAGCAAUGGAUUUUUAACCGACAAGAGGAGGUUCAGCAAGAGCAGCGGGACAAGCAGUAGAGUGAGGCCAGAUGAUCUGGCAGUAUAAUCUUGAUUUAAAGUGAUAUUUCAGUGAAAAAUGUCAUUUUCCCCUUACCUCUUCAAAGAAGUGUUUGGCAUAUGAAGUUAUGCUAAAGGGUAAUGUAGCUAACAAGGAAAGGAAGUUAUGAAAUGGGCCAAAGUUGCACAACCAAAAAGCUAUUUUACUGACAUUGAAUUUUGUCUGUACUUUUAUUUCUCAUUUCUAUACACGCAUAGAUACUAUAUAGCAGUGGUUUCCAACUAUGGUCCUAGAGAUCCAUCUUCCUGCAGAGCCUAGUACCAACCACAAUUUGCCACUUCUUCAGCUAAUCAGCCUCCUCCCAGAUACUUGAUUGGCUGGAUCAGAUACACUAGAGUUAAGUAAGAAGCAAGGCACCUUAUAGGAUACAAGUUUCAUCUAAACUCUGUGGGAGGGUAGCUCUCCAGGACCAUGGUUGGGGACCAUUGCCAUCUAGAAACCACAUAAGCAAGUCAGUAUGAGAUUACUCAAGAACAAGGGGGCACAACCCCAUUUCUGGAAGGCUGGCAUCUAGUACAGAUUGGUGAUUUACCUGCAUAAACACACCUGAUGAAACUCAUCUGUUAAUUGUGAGGUUUAGUGGGUGUGUAGAGAAACAUCAAACUCUGCUGGACACCAUCCCUCCAGGACUGGAGCUGUGCACCCCUGCUCAAAAACUCAACAUAGUCUGAGUCGUGUGUGGAGCAUAAACUCCUGUUAGCUAAAGAAGCAAACAUCAGACACCAGACGUCUCGGAUUGCAUUUUGGGUGAGUGUGAAAUUGUGUAGAUUUCAUUUUUCACUGAACUAUCACUUUGGGUUCUUGGGAUGAGAAGCUAUGAGAAGAUGUUGAAAUAUGUUACCAAGACUUGACGAUUAGAACUGGUCCAUCUUGCCCUGUGAAGGCACAAAUGAAAUCAAGCCUGCUGUGAGAUAAGGACGUGGUUAAGUGAUGCGAGCCAAUAGCAACAGACAAUAUGUGCUCUUGUGAGGUUUUUGAGAACAGUUACUGACCAACUGCAGAAAAGUUGACACAAUCUGAACAUCCUGCAGCAAUUCCGCAGGUGCGAGACUUGCCUACUUAUGUGGAGAUGCAAUAAAAGGCCAUGAGAUAGUGGCAUCAGGGACCUUAACUGAUUGGACAAGGCAGUAUGGACCCAGUGGCACAGCACACAGAUAGAGAUCACUGUCAGACUAAAAACCAUCAGUGCUUCUUUACCGAGACAAGAACUGGAGCUCUUUAAAGGCAUUACUGGUCUUGAAAAGUUUCCCUGUUAUUAACUGUGCUUAAUUUCAGGCUGAAAUUGCUUUGAAAACUUCAUUGUUUAAAAGCCUGGUGCUUUAUCUACACCACAGCAUAACUUCUGAUUCAUUUGUUUAUUAUUAACUUUUCAUUAUUUUCAUUCUCAAAACCAAUGCACUUCCUUUUCUUUCCAAACAAUCAAUAGAUAGCAGGGAUAUUAUUUGCACUAUUUGUUCAUUUUUGUAUGUACAUUCUUAGAUGUUUUGUCAUGUAUUUCACAUUUUAAAUCUUCAGCUGAAGUGACUUUCACCUAGAACACAAACUAUAACUGCAUAUAAUACUGUUAUUCAAUUAUUUAGGUUUUCUGAAUGAGCCACAUACAUGAUCAUCAAAUAAAAGAAUGCUCAUUUUCCUUAUUACUGUGAUAUUUGAAUCCAAAUCUGUAUUUUGUUCCCAAAAGUGUUUACUCUCAAUAAAUAUACACAUUUCCUCUAGCA